UUCAAUCUGCCUGUAUAUAAAUAUUAUGUAUUCCAGACUUUUUUGAUCCACAAUACAUAUUUUUAGUUAUUGCAGGUAUACUGUACAUAAGCCAUUUUACUCAUACCCUCUUUACAGGCACAAUUAUUCACAUCCUCCAACUCAAAAAGAAAAAGUAUGUAUCAAUAUUAAUAGGAACACAAUAAUUUUUCUUUUCUUACAUUUAAACAAUAAUAUCUGAAAAUCUAAUACAUAAAAGUAUAGAAACAAAUACUUUCACAGUAAUCAUUUUAUUGAAAAUGAGAAAUAUUCCAUACCCCAUUGAGUUGCAGUCCUUGGGGAAAUGCUAUUUUUGUACUACUGAAUUCUAGAAUGUUGGGUAAUUGAAAUUGAAAAUUAAUUUAUAUCAUAAAUUUCUUUACAUUGAACACUUAAAAUGUUUUUCUUCCUUUACUUUGUAAUAAAUAACUUUUUAUUAAUUUAAAGUUGGUAUAUAUUCUGCUCAAGAAUUGGAUUUGCUUUUUCUCUUAUCUGGACAAAUGGGUGGAGUAACUCAUUUAAUAUUUUCAUCGGAUGGCAUAAAAUUAUUCAGUGGAGGAAGAAAGGAUUGUGAAAUUCUUUGUUGGGAUAUCAGAAAUCCAGGAAAAGUGUUUUAUAGUAUGCGACGAAUUGUUACAACAAAUCAACGAAUGUAUUUUGAUAUAGACAGCACUGGCCAAUACUUGAUAAGUGGAAAUGAAAAUGGAGUGAUCACUGUUUGGGAUUUAAAUAAACCACCUGAAAAUAUAUCUGGUGAAAAUGAACCCAUUUUACAUCCAAUUCUAUUCUUUCAAGCCCAUAAUGAUUGUGUAAAUGGAAUCAGGUAGAAUUUUGUCUUUUGAUUUAUAUAUUGUUUGAAUUUAAUAAUAAGUAUUUCACAAAUUAAACAAUUAUGCAAUACUUUCUUAGAACUAAUUAAAAGUGAAAUUGUGUAAAGUGAGUUAACAUGAAAAAAACAACUUAUUUUGCCUGUUACAUUAUGGCAAUUGUUUGGCAUUAAUUAAUAAUGUCAGAUUUUGAG